GGCUGCAGUGGGAUGGCAGCAGGCAGCUGCGGGGCUGACACGUAUCUGAAGUAAAAGGUGCUCUGGAGGCCGCGUCGAGGACUUGAAGUGUCUUUAUUAUUUUUCUCCAUUGUCUUGUUUGAACAACGUCGGGUGUGGCAGCGGGGACAGAGGAGCCGUCGGCCCCGGGGUGAGCCGCGUUAGAGCCGCCGAAGUUUGACGUGAAGUCUGGAGAAAAUCUGAGCGGCUACUUUGAAGUUCCAGGAGAGGGUCGACAAGCGGAGGAAAGUAUGUCCACCGGGGGGAAUACCACCGUGUAACCCGUGUUGUUUCUGCCCGGGAAUGCUGUGGAAGUGAGGGGAGGGUUGGGUGGGCUCAUUCCAGUCUUCACCAGGAGGUAAAGAGAAGGAAAAAAAAGAGAGGAAAAAGUUGAGUCGGGAAGUUUCCAGCAGCGGAGACGGAGCCUUCUCUCGCAGACAGCGGGGAGCGGGUCCAACAUGGGGAACGGGGUGUGCUCCCGGCGGCAGCGUAGGAUCUUCCAGUGCCUGUUGCUGCUCACGGUGGUCUGCGGGAUGAUGUACGGGGGCAUGAUGUCCUAUGAGGUGCACAAGCAGCUGAGGAGGACCGAGGCGACGGCGCUGAAGUACCAGCAGCAUCAGGAGUCCCUGUCGGCUCAGCUCCAAGUGGUGUAUGAGCAUCGCUCCCGGUUGGAGAAGUCUCUGCAGAAGGAGAGGUUAGACCAUAAAAAGGCCAAAGAAGAUUAUCUGGUUUAUAAACUUGAUGCACAACAGUCACUGAACAAGGAGAAGCAAGACUCCGGCAGCAGAUUAAAUUCUUUACAAGUGCAACAUCAGAUGUUAAAGAGCCAGCAUGAGGACCUGAAGAAGCUGUACUACGACCUGCAGGAGCAGCACCAAACACAGGGUGAGGACCACGGCCGACUGCUGGAUGAACACAAGGAUCGCUACGAGAAGCUGCAGCAAAUCAAAGACGGGGAAGUCUCCCAACUCAAAGAUAAUAAUUUUAACCUGAGAGAGGAGAACAAACAGCUGAGGAAAGCCCACCAUGAAAUUCAUGUACAGCUACAGGACGUUCAGGUUCAGCAUCAAGACUUGAAGGCAGCGCACAACCAGCUGUCACUGACACUAGAAGACCACAAGAGUGCGCUGGCUGCAGCUCAGGUGCAGGUGGAUGAGCUCAAGCAGCUAAAGGAAACCCUCAACAAGGCUCCUGUCCCGAGGCAACCUGAGCAAAACCCCGUCCCCCAGAAACUACAAGCAGAUGCACCCAAAUCCCACAUCUAUCAAGAGCAGCAGACUGGGAUACAAGAAAAGGAGCCAGCCCCAGAAAAUCGCCAGGUAUACCAUGACACGUUGGGUCAGCAAGAAGUGGCAGUGCACUCCCAGUCCGAAACCAAGCUCAGCCCCACUGUACCUCAAAUUACCUUGUCAGAAAGAGAGGAGGAUGAUGGAGAGGGAGAGGCGGAGAGAAAGAGAGAACUGGCGGAGGAGGAGAUGGCUCAAGCAGGACAGCCUCAGAAGCUGGAGGAGGACCCGGACCAUCCACAGGAUGAGCAGCAGGAGGAAGAGGAUCCGGAACAGGAACAGCCAGAUGAGAACGCAUUGGACCAACUGAGACAUCAGCCACAACCGGAUCCCCAUGCAGAGGUGCACCAGGACGAGCAUCUGGAGCACGAGGCGCACGCCCAGGUGGAGCAUGUGAAGUCGGCGUAUGAACAGCAGCAGGAGCAGCAGCGCCUAGAGGCUCAGAGGGCAGCGGAGAGCAGGCAGAUCCAUGUGCGACAGGAGGCCCUGCGAGUGCAGAGGAAGAAGGUGAUGAUGGAGAGGGAGCAGCGGCUGAAGGAGGAGCAGGAUAGGGAGCAUCAGCAGCACAAAGAGGCCGACAGGCGGGAGCAGCUGCUGAGAGAGGAGCACCAAAGGAAGAAGACAGAGUAUGAGAACAUGGACAAUGACAUUGUCGAAGGAGAAGAAGAUGGUCACACUGAUGAUGAAGACGAGGGAGAUACUCAUAAGCUAAAUGAGGGGGAGGAAAAAGAAGGAGAAGAUCAAAGAGUGCCAUCACAACAGGGUGAUGUAGAUGGUGAGCUGGACCCCAAUGACGACCCCAACAACCAGGGCGAGGAUGAGUUUGAAGAGGCCGGGGAUAAUCAGCCUCAGCACAGGGUGACAGAGGAGGAAGAGGAGGUAGUAGACGAGGAAGAGGAGGCGGCAGCACCAGCACAGCACAUAGACGCACACCCCGGCCCUCGACAGCCGGCUGUGGAGGAGGAACUGGUGUUGGCUGGAAACCCAGAUCAACAGGAAGACACGCUGGACGACCAGUACCAGGAGGAAGUAGAGGAUGAGGCCCCGGAGGACAUCGCCGGUGGGCUGAAGAGAGAAGAGGAGGGGGAAGAUGAAGGAGAGGAUCCCUAUAAUGAGGAGAACAUAGAUCAAGAGGAAGUGAAACACCAGGAGGGUCCGAGAAACGAGGGGAAUCACAGAAAAGACAGAGAGAACAACGAGGAAGAGAAUUAUGAAGAGGAAGAGGAGGAGGUCGACGAGGAAAUGGCCGGUCGAGACAAGGGCACCAAUCGGAGGGCGGAGAUGUAGGGACAGACGCAGACUUGAACCAGCUGCAGUGCCUUUUCUGAACGCCGGUACAGCCUAUCAGGUCUGUCCUUCUCUUGUUUCUCAAAGGAAUAUUCGCAGCAAUUCAGACAGAAUCCCAAUUAGGAAAACUGGGAUUUUGUGCCCGGAGGACGGGAGGCGAUUCCAAACACUGUGGGGCUGGAACUGAUCAGCUCAUUCUGUGGAAAUGGACAGAAUCUUUUGGACGGAAAUUGGAUGUAUACUAAAUAUGUUUUCCCUUCUUUUCUGUCUUCUCACCCGUCUUCCUGAUCGCCUGUCUGGUUCUGUGACAGACAGAGAAUGUAUUUUUAUCACGUGCUGUCUUUUGUAUAAAGAAACCAAAACAAAACGAUGUUAUUCUUAUGCCCUCAUGGUCAGGCUUUUAUACUUGUUUUAGCUCAGAUUUUAUUUUCUUUCAUUCCAGUCGAUCGAGUCAUUUCCUGUUAUUUAUUGUUCAUCAUAACUCUGACAAUCGAGAGAGGUUUCCCCCUGCCUGAAGGGCUUUUAUCGACUUCUUGAUGCUUGAACGUUUCCACUGGAUAUUUCAGACAUUUCUGGUGAAGCCAUUUUGUGUCGCUCUGACAUGUAAGUGCCUUUCCAUUCUGGGAAACUCUUCUUGGUCUUUUUACCUUUUUACAUUUGUUAAAUCAUUUCCAUAGGAAAGCCAGUUAGUGCUGAUUGCUUCAGCGUGGCCUUAAAGGAGCAGGGGAGCUGUUUCAUGUCGACUGCUGGUGUGAAUAUAAUUCACAAAAUCUGGUGCAAUGUAAUUCAACACCUUUAGUCUACUGUACAAUGUAUAGUAAAACAAAUGCUGACAAUUUGUAAGUUUUUUUCUGCCAGUUACAUUUGAUACAAAGUGGUAGGAUUGUAUGAAAUCAUGUUUGUCACCUGGAUGGUGAGUGGAAUAAAGAAGCAGAAGGGUGUCAGGUAA